AUGAGCGACCCAGCGCUUAUUAUACAAAGGAUCUAUGGAACAUCUUCAACGUCUCAGCUCAACUUUGCAGUGUCGCCAAUGCAUAUAGCGUAUAUCGCUAGCGGAGGUGUUGUCGUCUCGCAGAUAAACAGAGAAUCUGGAGAACUGACCAACCAGAGGUUCUUCUGUGCAAAUAACCCCCAUGGGAAUGCAUUGCCACAGACAAGUGCCUACUCAUACCUCAACAUGGUGCAACAACAAUCACAACAAGCGGAGGAGAAAGAUCAGUACGGCAUUCCAAAGCUGAUGCAUACCGUUCUGGUUGACGAAACCCAAGGAACCGGUGAUCUCAGCAGUAGCUCGUCCCCUCCAAAGGCACAGCAGAAGGUCAAGACCAUUUCAUGUAUUGCAAUUUCGCCAGACGAGAAGUAUUUGGCAGUUGGUGAGAGUGGAGCCCAUCCACGUAUAUUGCUAUUUUCGUUGGCCCCAGAUUCGAACAGCUUCCCAGUUGUGAGUAUAUCGGAGCACAGCUUUGGCAUAACUGCGCUUCAAUUCUCUCCAGAAUCGAAUUACUUAAUGAGUGUUGGUGAUACACACGAUGGGUUCAUAUACAUUUGGAAAAUCAGUGGUUGUAAUGCUACGAUGGUUGGUGUGAAUAAAUGUACUUCUCAGAUCAACGGUCUGUUAUGGAAUGAUGAUAGUAUCAUAACAUAUGGCGUCAGAUACAUCAAGAUAUGGACAUUUACUGAAUCUGAAAGGAAGUCUAUGAUCCAAGGGAAAAAUGUGAUAUUGGGGAACUUCUUAAAUGGGAACUUUGUAUCUGCAACACCUUGUUUUGAUGAAACGCUCGAGGACGAUAUCUUCUUUCUAACAUCACUAGGAGAGAUCUGCGGAUAUAACUUCAAAACCAAUACUCUCAAAUUGAGGUACACCAAUUUAGAAGACAGCAAGCUUGGUGUUGUGAUCAGCGAUCAGUACUCGGGUAAAAUUCUCAUAGCAACGGAUCAUAUUGAAGAAUUACCACACAGUGAACUAGUGAACGAUAUAGCAAAGGAAAAUGAUGUUCUUAUUGAUUCGCCUUCUAAGGUGAAAUUUAACCCACCAAUUACCUGUGUUAAGCAAGUAUCGGCAAAUAUUUUCGUCUACAUUACAUCAAAUGAGGAAAUCCAAUUGUACAGUGCUAUAACUGGAAAAUCAGUUCAUCUCAUAGAUUCGUUAUCGAAAAGUGUCAAUGGUGUUAAGAAGACCACAUCAGGUAAGGUGAUCACCUGGACAAGAGAAGGAAUAUUGAAGUGCAUUGAGGAGAAAACAUUAGAUAUGAAGGAUGUUAUCUCCUUGAAAGUGAAACCAAUACCUAAUGUUGUGAUCGAGAAUCACAUAACAGCCAUAGAUCUAACACCUAAUGGCGAUUUCAUAGCCGGUGAUGCAUAUGGGACAUUGACUGUGUAUUCUCCAGAGGGAGACGUCAUCUUUUCUGUACAGGCUCACGAGUUUUCGAUAAAUGAUGUGACAUUUUUGGAGAUUGAAAAGUUCCAAUUCAUCAUUAGUAUCGGACGUGACAGAAUGAUUCAAAUAUUUGCUAGAACUGAUCAAAAUCACGCAGAAAUCACCAAUGAAUGGAGCAUCUAUCAGACUUUGGCUGACCAUAAGGCAAAUUUAUUACAGAUUAUCUUUCAUGAACACAAGCUAUAUGUCUCGUCUGCUGAUAGAUCUAUCUCAAUUCACAAAUUUGAAGUUGACCAAGAUGUGGUCUCCAUUAACAAAGAAAAGACCAUAACGGUCAAAUCUACACCCACUUCCAUCUCUAUUUCCGGUGAAGAGAUGCUUGUGUUUACCAUGGAUAAACAACUGACAGUUUUUAAUCUUCAUACGGUUGAAUCCAUCAGAAAUAUGAAACUCUGUGAUGAAAACGGUGAUUCUCUUUUGAUUGACAGUGCAAUUGUCACUCACGCAAAUCAAAUUGUUUGCUCUUGCUCUGAUAAAAGCAUUCGUAUAUUCAACUAUAUCACAGGUCGUCAGUUGUCUGUUAGCUGGGGACAUUCUGAGGCAACAAAAUUCCUAGUUUACUUCUCUGACCAUUUGAUAACAUUGAGCAACAGUGGAUGUCUAUUUAGCUGGGCUCUAACAGAACCGAUCCUGGACUCACCACUUAAAAGCACAAUUCAGAAGUAUAACGAGUUUGUCACUCCUCCAAAAGUCACCAGAAAGAUCAAGAAACCUCUAUCACAAACUUCCACUCCAGUCAGAAAAGCUUUGAAUCCAUCACCAACUUUUACCAGGACUCCUACAACGGCUAGAUUGCAAUCCACUACAAAGAUGACGCCAUCCAAGUUGAAUUCUUCCUCAAAGACCAAUUUAUCACCUUCCCCAACGUCAACCAAUAUUAGAAGGGAAUCCCGUGUUGCUAUAUCACCGAGAUCGAGCCCCAGAGCUAGCCCAAGUAUCGUGGCUAAGAAACCGUUAACAGUUACAAACAGAACCAGACUACAUGGCAACAUAUGGAUUCAUAUACAAGUGAAGAAGUCCACAACGUUAAAAGAGAAAUCACUGGGAUCUUUCAAUAUGAGGAGGAACUUCUGA